AACACAUAGACACAAGCAACCUCCUGAAACAAGACAGAAAGGAGGAACUACUUGUAAUUCAAUGAUCCCAGACUGAAAGAAUCAUCUGCACAGUGUAAUUACACGUAGUCAAAAAAAAUCAGCAGAAUUUGAUGUAUGGAAGAAUGUAAACGUUGUUAACAGAGGAAGAAAAUAAGGAAGAAUAUUUGUAAACAUGGCUUACACUACGUCAAUUACUCUUAUGACACAAAAUUAUUCCAAUACAAGCACAUGUGAUUUGUACAGUCACAGCAACACAGCACGGAUUGCCAUGCCACUGUUUUACAGUUUUGUUUUGUUGUUUGGACUGUUUGGUAAUCUUUUGGCUUUACUGGUAAUACACCAAAAUAGAAGAAAGUUGAACUCGACCACGCUAUACUCCACAAACCUAGUAAUUUCAGACAUUCUGUUUGCUACCGCUUUACCCACAAGAAUAACGUACUAUGCUCUAGGAUUUCACUGGCCUUUCGGGGAGACUCUCUGCAGAAUCACCUCCUUGUUUUUUUAUAUCAAUACCUACGCAGGAGUAAAUUUCAUGACAUGUUUGAGCAUAGAUCGCUUCUUUGCAGUGGUGCAUCCACAUCGCUACAACAAGAUGAGAAGAGAAAAGUAUGCAAAGCUCAUCUGUGUUUUUGUUUGGGUGAUUGUAUUUUCCCAAACCUUUCCACUUCUUUUACAGCAAAUGUCAAAAGAGGAAUGGAAUGGAAAAGUUUCAUGCAUGGAAUACCCAAAUUUUGAAACAAUGCCAAAUCUGCCAUUUAUGCUUCUUGGUGCAUGCUUUAUUGGAUAUGUUAUUCCUUUAGGAAUAAUAUUGGUUUGCUAUACCAAAAUAAGCACAAAACUUUGCCACAUAACAAAGGAAAACCCUCUGUCUGAAAAGUCGGGAACAAACAAGAAAGCUAUUGAUACAAUAAUUUUAAUUAUUGUUGUGUUUUUAAUUUGCUUCACCCCAUAUCAUGUAGCCAUCAUACAACAUAUGAUUAAGAAGCUGAUAUACAAUCCAGACUGCACUGAGCAGCAACAAUUUCAGAUCUGCCUUCACAUUACUGUGUGUCUAAUGAAUUUAAACAGUUGCUUGGAUCCGUUUAUUUACUUUUUUGCAUGCAAAGGAUACAACCGAAAAGUCAUGAAAAUACUGAAACGCCAAGUAAGCGUAUCUUCAUCCAGUGCCACCAGACCAGCUGCUGAGGAAAGUUCACGUGAUAUUGCUGAAAGUCAGUUGAUGGUUCCAACAAACAUUUCCUUUAGACACAAUUAAAUCCAUGAGCAGAUCAGUGUUGAAACAUCCUCUAAAAGUGAGUGAUGGCCAAGUAAUGUGCACACACAGCUCCAGUAUCUUUAUUGUGUGUCUUUGUAUUAACAUUUUUGUAUGACACAUAAGUAAUUACAAAAUUAACAACCUGUCAUCCAGCUAUUCCUCUUCUAAAAAACACAGCUCAUUCAUAUCAAAGUGAUGAAGUGGUCCAUUCAUUGGAAACUAUAGCUAAAGCUAUAUUUGAGAUAUUUGUGAUAUUCACAAAAUGAACUUUGCAUGUAUAUAUAGGUAUAUAUGUGGACAAGCUGAACAAAAAUUCAAAGGAACUUAAGGUAAAGGACAGCUGCCAGACACAGAAACAAAUGUCUUGUACUUAGCCCUUAUAUUGAAUGAAGUGAAAGUAUCCAUAGAGCACACAUCUAAAGGGGAACUAUAGCGAAAAUUAAAAUUUAAUUUAAGCUUCAGCAUACUAAAACAAUAAGUUUAGAAUACUAA